CCCGCUACUUUUAUAUUGUAUACGAAGAAGAACACGCAGUCGCUCUCACAACCACACACGCAAAUCCACUGCAAUCUGAAUCGACGAUGCUGGUGUAGUAGUAUUCUCUUUGAUCCUUAUAGUACUUCGCCGUCAUAUAAUUUCGCAUCCUUCCAAUCCGCUACCAAUGACAUCUCCACUCAUACAUUGCGAGAAUCUCGCCAAAUUUCCACAAGAAACUGCAGAAUAAAUCCGUCUUCCCUUAUGAUGCUUGCUUGAGACACAACGCUGUUACAUGUCUCGAGGCCGAAGAUUUAAUCAAUUCUGCAACUUUAAUUGCUGGGUCACGGUUGAAGCAAGCUCACCUCUGUGGUCGUUCAGUUGUUGGUGUCCCUAGUUGUUUCUGAAGUCGUCAAACCUGUCCAGAGAUUAAUCUGAUUUGAUUCAGCUACCCAUUACUCAUCAAGAUGGCUUCUGCUUAAGGUCCUAAUAAUGGCAUGUUCUCAUGGAUGUGCAAAAAAUGAUAAAUCUUCAAGCAGAUAUCGGUGGGCUCCUCUGGAUGUUCAAUCUCAUGUGCCAAAUAAAAUUUCUCAUCAGAAAGAUGCCUCCAGAGCUCGUGCAAAGGGCAAUGCCCGAUCUGAGGCCAAAUCUCCCAUCCAACAAGCACGUACAUCAGAGUUCAUAUCAGCUGUUGCUGGAAUCUGGGAUUACGUUGCAGAUCCAGCAGUUUUCUACAGUGAUGAAAGCUUGAAAUAUCAUAACAUUCAUCAGAAAGAGAAUAUCAUAUGCUAUGUGGACAGGCAAAGAAAUCAUAAACCAGCAACUGCAAAAAGUGAAAGCUUUUGCUAUGGACCCAAAUCUUUAAGCUCUUCAUCAUCUGCAGUAAGAUCAAAUUUUGAGGAAUUAAAAUGGAUUAAGAAACAGUUACUGCUUCCUGCAUGUAAUAGAUAUGUAGGUCAUUCUUUCAUUUCGAAACAUGUCUGGUUAAGUGGUUUUCAUCCACAUGUAGGAAAUGAUAAGAUGUCAUGGAGCAUGACUCCUACUGUUAAAGCCAAAUUAUAUGAAAAGAUAAAUGAGAACUCCGCUUUGGAGGAUCUGAAAGAUGUUACAGGCCACAGUUCUAUUGGAAAAGGCAAGAAAACUCCAGUUCAAAUAUCCGCCAGUCAGGAUAAAGGAAAUUAUGUUAUUUCCGAAUGUAAUGAUACUUCUUCUGAUCAUUCAUUGAACACAGUCGAGAAAGAUCUGCACAUUCAAGGUUCUCAUUGUUCAACAUAUUCACUUAUGCCAAUGACAAUUAGAAAAGAAGCGGUUGUUGGAUUGAGAAACUAUGAUUCUAACCUUCAUUUGGGCUACAACUUUGAUUUCCUAACUUCAACUGAUUGCACAUGUGGACAAUGUCAACAAGCUAUCAGAGUUGUCUCUUCUUCACUUACUGAGGUUUCAGAAGUCCUUUCUAACCCCAGUGAUCAUAACAUUCACAGGAAUGAUAAAAGCUUUCCUCGGGAACUUUUAUGUGAACAACAGUAUACACUGAACGAUUGGAUCACAGUACAAGAUAAACUCAAAAAGGUAUUUGCCAAGAACAGACAUGCAAUUGCAGGAGCAUUGGCUGGAAUCAUGGUUAGCCUUUGUCUUCAUCCUGUUGACACAGUUAAAACUAUCAUUCAGGCUGAUGGCAUGGUUCAAAAGUCGGCCUAUUGCACACUCAAAAGAAUCAUAUCAGAAAAAGGUUUAUCAGGGCUAUACCGUGGGAUAGCUGCCAAUAUUGCUUCCUCGGCCCCAAUUUCUGCCAUUUAUACCUUCACAUACGAAUCAGUUAAGGGAACUCUUCUGCCUAUUCUGCCAAAGGAGUACCAUUCUUUUGCUCACUGCAUUGCAGGUGGCUGCUCGAGUAUAGCUACUUCUUUUGUCUUUACUCCCAGUGAACGUAUAAAGCAACAGAUGCAAGUGGGUUCACAGUAUCAAAAUUGCUGGAAUGCCUUUGUUGGCUGCCUUGAGAAGGGUGGACUGCCUUCAUUAUAUGCCGGGUGGAGGGCAGUUCUUUGUAGAAACAUUCCACACUCCAUUAUCAAGUUUUACACCUACGAAAGUUUGAAGCAGCUCUCUUCAAAGCCUGAAGGAGGUCUUAGCACAUCGCAAACUCUAUUAUGUGGGGGUCUUGCUGGAUCUACUGCUGCUCUUUUUACGACACCCUUCGAUGUGGUGAAGACAAAAUUGCAGACGCAAGCUCCUGGAACUCUUCGGAAAUAUAAUGGGGUUGGUCAUGCGCUUCAAGAAAUAGCUAGACAAGAAGGCUUGCAAGGCCUUUACAGGGGCUUGACUCCAAGAUUAGCUAUGUAUGUCUCCCAAGGAGCUAUAUUCUUCGCGUCAUACGAGUUCCUCAAGGCAGUUUUUGCUUUGGAAGCUCCCCAAUUACCUGCUCAGGUCAUUCACGACAAACAAAGAGCCGACAAUUCCACAUAAUUGAUGAACAGACUGCAGAUUUGAAUCGGAAUUCUUUGGCCU